CUAUCCUACGACCCUCUUUUUUUCCCGGUUUGGUCCGAUCAUUUAAUUUUAUUGACCAUUUAUUUCCACCUACGAAUAUUUUACUUUAGUUAGUAAAUAUUUAAAAUGGUUCGUCUCCGAUAUAUAGUUGGUCAAAUCAUUCUCUUGCGACAUUCCAUUCCAUGCACCGCCAGAUUAAAAACCUUUAGAUUCGUGAUCUUUACAACUGUUCUUGGUGAGUUGUGAGGAUUCGAAUUCAUGGGUAUUACGGAGAUGAAAUCUCCGGCGAGUGAUUCUCGAUCUCCGGCCAUCUUCGCCGAUAAUGGAGGCUCCAGCUCGUCCGUACAGAGGAAAAAGCUGAAUGUGUUCUUCGUCGAGUCCGAUAACAGACGCUCGGCUCUCGGCCGUGGGUUCACUGGAGGGACAACUCCGGUGAACAUCCACCGCCAACCCAUCUCCGAUCUCUCGAAAACCGGCGGUUGGAUGGCGGCUCUGUUCAUCUUCGGAAAUGAGAUGGCAGAGAGAAUGGCUUAUUUCGGGCUAUCGGUGAAUAUGGUGGCGUUCAUGUUCUACGUAAUGCAUAAGCCAUUCUCGAGUUCAUCGAACAUCGUCAACAACUUCCUCGGCAUUUCCCAAGCUUCCUCUGUCCUCGGAGGGUUCUUGGCCGACGCGUACUUGGGUCGGUACUGGACAAUCGCUAUCUUCACGACGAUAUAUCUCGCCGGUUUGAUAGGUAUAACCCUCUGUGCUUCGCUGAAGAUCUUUGGACCAGACCAGACCAACUGUGACCAGCACUCCUUGCUCCUCGGAAAAUGCGAACCGGCAAAACCGUGGCAAAUGUUGUACCUAUACGCGGUUCUGUACUUAACCGGGUUCGGAGCUGCGGGUAUAAGGCCAUGUGUCUCCUCGUUCGGGGCAGACCAGUUCGACGAGAGGAGCAUAAACUACAAAACCCAUAUCGAUCGGUUCUUCAACUUCUUCUAUCUGUCUGUAACGUUUGGCGCCAUCAUGGCCUUCAGUUUGGUGGUCUAUAUCCAGAUGGAGUUCGGUUGGGGAAUGGCUUUCGGCACAUUAGCCAUAGCCAUGGGGAUUUCGAACGCUCUGUUCUUCGCCGGCACGCCUCUUUACAGGCAUAGACUGCCCGGUGGUAGCCCUUUGGCUCGGGUGGCUCAGGUUUUAGUCGCGGCCUUCCGUAAACGCGAUGUUCCUUUCACGAGCAGCGAGUUCAUCGGGCUCUACGAGGUUCCGGGCAUCAAAUCUGCAAUCCCGGGCAGUCGGAAAAUCGCUCAUACUGAUGGUUUCAGAUGGCUGGACAAAGCAGCACUCCAGCUGAAAGAAGAUGGGUUGGAGCCGUCUCCAUGGAAGCUCUGCACAGUGACGCAGGUCGAGGAAGUGAAGAUUCUGAUCAAACUGAUCCCGAUCACGGCCUGCACCGUAAUGUUCCAUCUCGUCUUGACAGAGUACCUCACGCUCUCGGUGCAACAAGUUUAUACGCUCAACACGCACAUUGGACGCCUCAAGGUUCCAGUGACGUCCAUGGCCGCCUUCCCGGGUCUCAGCAUCUUCAUCUUUCUCUCCCUUUACUACUCCGUCUUCGUCCCGAUCAUCAGAAAAAUCACCGGCCAUCCUAACGGUGCCUCGCAGCUUCAACGGGUGGGCACGGGCCUGGCGAUUUCGAUCCUGUCCUUGGCUUGUGCAGGACUGUUCGAGGGCUACAGAAGAACCUACGCGAUAAAACACGGGUUUGAGCUCAAUUUCCUGUCCCAGAUGCCCGAUCUGAGCGCAUACUGGCUGCUGAUUCAGUACUGCUUGAUCGGUAUCGCCGAAGUUUUCUGCAUUGUAGGAUUAAUCGAAUUCCUCUACGAGGAAGCUCCGGACGCGAUGAAGAGCAUAGGAUCGGCUUACGCUUCUCUUGCCGGCGGAUUCGGCUGUUUCGCCGCCAGCAUUCUGAACAGCAUCGUUAAGGCAGCGACCCGCGAACCGGACGGGGGUUCGUGGCUAUCGCAGAACAUAAACACCGGAAGAUUCGAUCUUUUGUAUUGGCUGCUCACUGGUCUGAGCUUGUUGAACUUCAGUGUUUUCCUCUGGUUUGCUCACAGAUAUGAGUAUAGAGCCGUGGAAGGUGAGGAAGAGUCUACACCAAUGUUUCAAUAGAGAGACAGAGCAAGAAUCUGGCUUGUGUCUCUCUGUUACUGGUUUCACAUUCUUUUCUCUCCUCUGCCUUGUAAUGGAUCUGAACUGAGAUUCAAGACAUGGAUUCUCCAAUAGGAUCUACUCUUGUUUGGGAAUAUUACCGAAAGUUUACCGAAUCAAACGAAAACAGAAUCACAAAACAUAGUUUUUUCUCCAUAUAAUUCCCGAUUAUUGCGGAUCUUUUACAUUCUCGGGUUUUGAUCCGUUUCUUCUCUAUACAAAAUCCUAAGAGAGAGGAAACUUACAGUUCUCUGGUCUCCUUUCCAUGCAUCGGAAAUAUACCGAGGAAGGUUAUAGUUGUUGCUUUCUCCAGACUGAAGUUCUCGAGUCUUUAAGAUGACGAGAAAAUGG